AAGAGCUAUAGUUCCGGGAUCUGGAACUACUUCUCAGGAUGGAAAGGAAGAAAAUGGUGUAAGGAUACAAAGCAGCUACACGUCGCUAGCAGGUGCAAAGCGUAGGGAAAUGAAAAUAUCGGGCGAAAGAUGGCAUAGCAUAUGGUGUCCUCCCUUUUCCACCGAAAGAAGACACGUCUGCCUCAGUACAUAACCUUGUGCUUUAAGUCGAGAAAUGUCACGAGUGAGUGCUAGCUGUUGAACUUUCUCCAGAGUGACUGUGGUGUUUGCAUAUAAAAAGCUAUUCACUCUACUACCAUCAAUAUGUCAGGUACCUAUACACCAGCCCCUGGUGGGCCAUUCUCUGCUCUCACCCCAAGCAUGUGGCCCCAGGACAUUUUGGCCAAGUAUCAUCAGAAAGAUCCAGCAGAACAGCCUGAACUCCAGUAUGAUGAGUUUGGCUUCAAAGUGGACACUGAAGAUGGUGGGAAAUCCAGGUCCUGGCUGGGCACCGAAGGCUCACCCCACCGUGAAGACCCCCAGCAGCGUUUGCGCUGGCAAGCCCACUUGGAGUUCACUCACAACCACACAGUGGGUGACCUGACCUGGGAGCUCAUUGAUCCCAUCCUCCCACGCUCUGACCGUCUCCGUUCCCUGGUGCUAGGUGGCAUACCUCACAGCAUGAGGCCACAGCUAUGGAUGCGUUUGUCUGGAGCACUGCAGAAGAAGAGAACCUCAGAGAUCUCUUACAGAGAGAUCAUUAAGAACAGUUCCAAUGAUGACACCACCACAGCUAAACAGAUAGAGAAGGACCUGUUACGGACUAUGCCAACCAAUGCGUGUUUCAGUAGUUUGACCAGUGUUGGAGUGCCGAGGCUGAGACGGGUACUGAGGAGCCUGGCCUGGCUCUACCCAGACAUUGGGUACUGCCAGGGCACUGGCAUGGUGGUUUCCUGUCUGCUGCUUUUUCUUGAAGAGGAAGAUGUGCUCUGGAUGAUGUGUGCCCUGAUUGAAGACCUCCUUCCUCCAUCCUACUUCUCCUCCACUCUGUUGGGUGUCCAAACGGACCAGAGGGUUCUCCGCCAGCUCAUUGUUCAGUACCUGCCUGCCCUUGACCGCCUCCUGCAGGAACAUGACAUAGAGUUGUCGCUGAUCACACUUCAUUGGUUCCUGACAUCAUUUGCCAGUGUGGUGGACAUCCGCUUGCUUCUUAGGAUAUGGGAUCUGCUCUUCUACCAGGGCUCAUUGGUUCUUUUCCAGGUCACACUGGGCAUGCUCAAAAUCAAGGAGGAGGAGCUUGUAUCAUCGGAGAACUCUGCGUCUAUUUUCAACACUCUGUCAGACUUGCCAAGCCAGUUGAGAGAUGGGCCUGCAGUUCUUGGGGAAGCUAUGAGGCUAGCAGGGACAUUAUCCCAGGAAACACUGGAAGCCCACAGACAUAAGCAUCUAGCCUACAUCUUAAAUGAACAGACGCAGCUCAACAACGGAAACAACACAACGCUCAACAGCAAUCUUAACAAGGUGGUGAGGAGACAGUCCCUGCGCAGGAAGUCCACCCUGAGCUCCCUGUUGUUUGGGGAAGAUGAGGCUGAGGCCUUGAAGUCCAAGAACAUUAAGCAGACAGAGCUGGUGGCAGCCCUGCGAGAGGCCAUUGCCCGCACUGCAGAGCACUUCCACUGUCUGGACCCUCAUCACUCCAACACUGUGAGUUCACAUAAUGCAGCACAAGAACAGUGUGGUUUUUGUCCUGAUGUGGACUAUGAAUCGGCCAAAAUAAAAAGAGCAUUUAGAGAGGACCUGACUCCUGACUACUCCAUGGAAAGCCACCAGCGAGAUCAUGAAAAUUUUCUUGUGGUGUCUCGCAACCGGCGGAGACGAGCAAAGGCUUUGCUGGACUUCGAGCGACACGAUGACGAUGAACUUGGCUUCAGGAAGAAUGAUAUCAUCACUAUUGUCUCACAGAAGGAUGAACACUGUUGGGUUGGAGAGCUCAAUGGCCUUAGAGGUUGGUUUCCGGCUAAGUUUGUGGAGAUACUAGAUGAAAGAAGCAAAGAGUACUCAUUAGCAGGCGAUGACUCUGUGACAGAGGCAGUGACAGACCUAGUCAGGGGCACACUUUGUCCGGCCCUGAAGGCCAUAUUUCAGCAUGGUCUCAAGAAACCAUCUAUUCUGGGAGGACCUUGUCAUCCUUGGUUAUUCAUAGAAGAGGCGGCCAGUAGGGAGGUAGAGAGGGACUUCAACUCUGUCUACUCCAGACUGGUGCUGUGUAAAACCUACAGGUUAGAUGAAGAUGGGAAGGUACUAACACCGGAGGAGCUGCUAUACAGAGCAGUGCAGUCAGUCAACAUGACCCACGACGUAGCACACGCUCAGAUGGAUAUCAAGUUCAGGUCUCUUGUCUGCGUCGGUCUCAAUGAGCAGGUGCUGCACCUGUGGCUGGAGGUGUUGUGCUCCAGCAUGGCUGCUGUAGAAAAAUGGUAUCACCCAUGGUCAUUCCUUCGCAGUCCUGGAUGGGUACAGAUCAAGUGUGAGCUCAGGGUCUUAUCAAAGUUUGCCUUCAGCUUGUCCCAAGAUUGUGAAUUACCUGACAAGAAAGAGAAAUUGGCUGUUCUGAAAGCAGAAGCUAUGGAUGUGCUGAUUCAGCAUCACCUCUUUAGUUGGGACCUCUAGGAGAAGGAACAGAGACCACUGAAAGAAGGAGUGCAGGACAUGUUGGUGAAACAUCAUCUCUUCAGCUGGGACAUUGAUGGCUGAACACAGCAAAAAAUGAAAAAAAAAUGGCUGAAUUCUAUCCUUUCCUGUGUGUCUGUGUGAAUUUGAUGUCGCUCUUCACUUGUUUCUUACAGACUGUAAAUUAGACGCAGUCAUCUGCUACAGUAGGUGACUAUUUUACAGACCAUAUUUGUGACAUCACCUUUCGGCGCUGGACGGUGGUGACACCCUGAUAAUCAUUCUGAGUCAUAAAGGUCUUUCACCAUGUGUGUGCUGAAGCAUGUGUGCAUUAAGGUGCAUACUUUAUUUUAAUUCAGACCCCCUGUGUACGAGGUUGCACUACACAGUGAAAACUUUAUGCACAAGUAAAACGCUCCUGUGGUGCAGAAUAGUCUUUACCUAUGGGAAAUCAGCACUCAGUGUGUCUGUCUUCAGUACUCACUGCUCUGCGAUUCAGCUUUUCAUAGCUAACUGAGUGUAUUUUUUUGUGCCACAGUGAGCUGUACGGUCUGUUCUCUCACAUUGGUGUGUGUAAAAUACAGCCACCAGUCAUCACCACGGCAAACACUGGACCUUUUAGCAUGGUCUCAAAUUCUGCAUUAGCCUGUAAAUACCCAAAUGUUAAGGCCAAAAUAGUACAUUCCUUAAAAUGGAGCUGUGAAGUUCCAAAGAGAAAUGCUUACCUUCGUAUCAUAAUUUCCCAGAAUAUUUAAUGAAAUACUAAUGUUGCACAUGCCGCGCAAAGCCUUUUCAAAUUGUAAUACAGGACUGUGGGUAUGUGUGCUACCUUAACAGUGGUAGUGAACAGUUGGCUCUUGUAUGACAUAAUCGAGCGAAUAAGUACUUUUUGUGUUACAAUCCACAGUGAAAUAAAUGUUACAUUUAAUUUAUAAUGUUUUUUUGUAUAUAAAGUAAACACAACUGUUGCUUGUAACUGAAUGUGCCCUUGCAAGUUAAAGCAGUUCAACAUCAGACUUUAUCAGUCUUAGUGGACACACUGAUUUGCAAACUGACUACUAGUUCUGACCUGAAACUCCAUAUAAAUUAGAAAAGAGGAAGAUGUUUGUUUAUUUUGUUAUUCUGUUUGUUUAUUCUGUUAAUCUUUGUUGAUUGAGGUGGCUUGAAUAUGGGGAUGAAGGUUGGUAUGUUGACCAAACUGAAUUUGUUUGAGUAUUUUGCAAAGCACAGGAUUUUUUUUUUUUCGUUAAUGCAAAUUAAGUUUAAGUUUUAUCAGGAUAGUCUUUGCAAAAAUCUUGUUUUAGUUGCUAUUCCUGCCAAGCUCAUUACAUCUUGCAUGUGUUAAGUUGAAACUGUUGUAUAAUUUCAGUUGAGAAUUUUUUAAGACUUAUAUUUAACUUUCUCACCUGCAGAAAGCACAAUCAACUUCUUGUUUUACAUGAUUGUAGCUAUUGUAGCCUGUAUAAAUGGCAUUAUAUUGUUUUGAUUUACAAUCAAAAUACACCACAAUAUUUUUCUGUCUAGUGUCUUCUCAAAGAUAAUCCAGCCACUGGUUGCCACUCUCCAAUUUCGUUCUGUGGAACUGAUAGGAGUGUGAGCACACAACACUGCUUGGCUUAAAUAACUUCCAGUAUAUUGAAGAAAAAGAACAUGAUAAACAAACUGAAAACCCAUUCAAAUAUACUUACUCACUAAUAAAUAAAUUGCACAGUAUUUUAUUAUGUAAUGAGGAAAGCCAACGGGAAAAAAGAUGCUAAAAAGUUCAGUAAAGCUUGUUUAUUAAUGGUCGGUUUUAGCAAGAAAGUGUGUUCAAAAUGUCACAACAGCAACAGGCCAUAAAGCAUGGGGUACCAGAGUCACAAGUAGCACUGCAAGUACUGCAUGUCUUAAAAUCAUGAGCAAAUGUUGAGUGAUAGGAUUAUGUGAUGUAUUUGUUUGUACUAACACUAUUGGAAUAAGGGUUAUAAUCAUGACUGACUGACCGUGGAAACAUGAUACUACUGAAUCUAAGAGUGCAAGUGAGAACAGGCUGAAAGAUAUAAGACCAUCCAAGACUCUAUGUUCUGCAUGUAUGCCAAAUAAAUAACUGACAGUUAUAAAAUGCAACAGCUUAUAUUUUCAAUAUAUCCAGAACUGGAAAUCACUAUGUGUCCUCUGCUACAUCCAUUUAUGAUUUGCAUACAUUUUGUACAAUGGCAUCUUCCCAAUCAGAGCACAACUAACAGCUAGUUUACAUACGCAGUAUAAAUAGUACAGUAAAUGUUUUUCAUUGCAAGUACACAGGGAAUGUAUGGGGGACUUUCAUUUGUAGCUGCUCAUAGUGGUAUUGGACCCUUGUUUUGGGUUUAGCCUCUUUCCCUGCCACUGGCAUUGAGCCAGAAGACUGAAUUGUAGAUUUUAUAGACGCAUGAAAUACAGAUACAGUUAAACAUCAUCCUGAAUGAGGCCAACCUCAAAAUCACACCGACUUUCAUCAGCCAAACCAUUUAAAAUAGUAAAGGCAGCUGACAUUAAAAUCUAUAAAGGGUAUAUCCCUUUGUGUUCCCUUUAA